GCAACUCGGUAGUUUAGACACUCCACAUAAUUUGAAUUUUUAGGUUAAAAUAAAGGAAAAACUUUUAGGGGUGGAAGUUAACGAAAUGUGAAUAUCUUUUUUAUAUAUUCCUAUACAAUGGCAGAAGCUAACUCCAUCCAAGAAGGUUUUUUAUGUCCUAUAUGUCACAAGGAUUUGCGCUCUGCCAAUAAUCUAAUAAGUCAUUUUCAAGAUUUGCACUCUGAAGAAAAGGAUAUAUUGAGGUCAAUAAAAGAUAUUUAUGGAAUAGUCAAAAAGAAAAUACUCACUCUUGAUGACCAAGAUCUUGAAUCAUUCAAGAAGGAAAUAUCCCUUGAAAAAGAAAAGUUUCAUUUAGAAUACAGCGAACCGCAAGAUCCUGGCCUCACACAGUCACACACGGAUUAUUAUAAAUCUUCGAGAAGGGAGAAGCUAGAUCAUAAAACUGCUGAAACCAAUAAAUUAAUCAUUAGACUAGACAGACUGCUUCACGUCAAUGGGCCAGAUCGUAAACAGCACGAACAAGAACUAGUUGCUUGGCUGGAUGGAACAACAGUCAGUCGUUGCCCGUCCUGCACGUCUGCCUUCAAUAUUACAAGGCGACAGCACCACUGCCGAUUGUGUGGAAGUAUCAUGUGCAACUCAUGUUCGUACUUUUUACCUUAUGAGACCGCUCAGACAAUAGUUGCACCUGUCAAUAAUAUCAGCGGCAGAGAGCAAGGCCCGUCAAAGGAAUCUGAAAGUCUGAGGAUAUGUUACCACUGUCUAGAUAUGUUGGAAGGCAGGCGGAGAGUCCAAAUUGAACAAGUCAUGCAACCCAUCAUAUGUCAGCUGUACUCCCACUUGCAGAAAAAUAAAUCCCAAGCACAAAACUCUGUGGACAUGUACAACAAGAUGUUCAAUUCUCUUUUAUCUGGUGAAACUACAUACCUGCUUCAAGAUCUACAGUCUCUGAGGGCUACAAUAGCAGACAAAGCACAGAUGAUAGAUACCAUCAGCAAGAAAAUCGACUCACUUCCAGUCGAUGCGGAUUUCCCAAAAGCAGCAAUUUUGCAGACGAACGUUCGAAAGGCAACGUCCGCAUACAUAAAAGAUUACCUCCUCACUCUACCUCCUCCCCCUACCCUUCAGGAGCUAGAAAGGGCCAAGCGGGAACGCUCAGCACGACUAGUAGAAGAGGAUUUUGUACCAACUCGCAAUACAACGGUAAAAAGGAUUGCUGUUACCACCGGAUGGUCUCCAGCGCAUAUUCCUAAUGAGACGACAGUGGUAGAGGAAGGUGAUCCCUUGCUGGAACAGAUAAAUAUCGUGAAGAAUUACAUCACGCAAGCUAGGGCUGCUCAAAGGUUCGAAGAAGUGGCAUCUCUGCAAGAAAACCUCAAUAUGUUGAAACAGAUGUAUCAAAAACAGCAAUUCAGCAAAGUAAGAGGGGAUUAGCAUAAUGGUUAAAGUUGAAACAUUCCAUUUUUAUAUGAGAAAAUAUUAUGAUUUAUACUGUUUCUGUAUUUUUUAUUUACGGAUCUAAUCUAGUCAAUAAAAUAUUAAACAUC